AUGUUAAAUUAAACCAUGACUUAGAAACUAAAUUCGGAUUAAAUUCCUUAGCAAACUAAUAAAUUAAGAAGUAUGAAUUCCAUCCUUUAAUUCAACGAAUAAAACCAAACACUACUAUUGUUGAAUAUUGAUAUAAGCUGGCUAAAAAUUUAAGCAUUUUGUUGUAAAACCAGAGGUCAAUUUCAGGAUAAAUUACAAGCAGAUUUGACAAUGCGAAAUCUCAGUAUUAAGCAUUCAAUAUAAAGUUGGUGUAAAAAGAAAAAUAACUAUGAGGAGUUUAAAGUUCCUAUUAACAAAUUACCAUCUUAACAUACAUAACAAUAUUAAUUAAAUCAAAGGUUUUAAGAAUAAAAAUCAGUUGGAUUGCCCUUACUCAAACCCUUAUCCUUUGCCUUUACUUAAAUUUAAAAGAAAUACAAGUAAAUUAAGAGUUCUAAACGAAAAAAAACGCCUUUGCAAUUGUCUGCAGUACAAUGUCCAAUAAAUACUGUAGAAUUCAAAAAACAGGAUAUCAAUAAACCUAUAACAUCUCGAUUGCACUCUAACAGACUUAAAACAGUUAUUGAGAUUAAAAUUCUAUAAGAUAAUAAAUACUUUAUGAUUUCAGAAUAAGGAAAGGAAAUAAAUACCUUUUAACCUUAAACAAAAGGUAGAGAUUAAGUAGAAACUUUAUAUUCAUAGUUUUUUGGAAGUAUUAAUAGAAAAAGAGCUGUCACUAUUUGUAAUGGGUCAGCAAAUGAAAUUGAGUUUGAUUAUAAAUCAACAAAUUUGGAAGAUAAAAUAAAAAUCCAUAAAUUUUGA